AUGCGAAGACAUUUAGGGGCGGGCGCCUUCAGGAGCGACCUCAACUGGCGCCUGGUCCUCAUCGGCUGUGUUGCCAACCUCGGCGCGAUGGGUUUCGGCUUCGACAACGGCUGGUGGGGAGGCGCUCUAGGUUUGUCUCAAUUCCAACGGAAGUACGGUGCCUACAGCGAGGAACUCGGGCGAUACGCGAUCCCAGCAGACAAGACAUCAGUCGGUACAGGCACAGGCUCCGCAGGUAUUAUUCUCGGCUGCAUUAUGGCCCCUCUUGUCACAUCCAGGCUCGGUCGGAAGAAUUCGUUCCUUAUAAUCUCAGCUCUUAUGGGAACCGGUGUGGUACUUGAAUCUUCUGCUGUGACAUCUUUUUGGCAGCUUGUUGUUGGGAGGAUCUUAGUGUACGCUGGCAUGGGUUUGUCAUCCAACGUCACCCCCAUGUAUCUCUCGGAAUGCGCUCCGCCGCGGAUUAGAGGUGCUUUCCUGGCGCUCUAUAGCUUCUUUCUCUCUCUGGGCGUUUUCCUGUCUGCCGUUACGGUGUACCUUUCGCGAAGUCGGACUGAUCAAUGGCAGUAUCUGAUCGUAAUCAUUUGCCAGCUAUUCGUCCCCGUGGGAUACGCGACUAUGUUUCCGUUCCUCCCAGAGUCACCUCGGUACCUCAUUUACGGUGGGAAGUACGAAGAGGCAGAGAAAGUGCUCACAAGGCUCUCAAAUCGUCCAGAAACCAUUGCGCAGGAAGUACAGCUUCUCAAAGCUCAAGUCGAGGAACAGCGAGAACUUCACAAGGCAACCUCUUUCAGAGAUUGUUUCAAGGGAACCAACCUCCGUCGAACCGUUAUCGCUAUGGGUGUUCAGAUACUUCAGCAAGCGCAGGGUGUCUCCUUCAUUCAGAACUUUAUCGUCACAUUCAUGCAGCAGCUUGGCUUCCCGGAUCCCCUUCGGACGAACCUCAUGGUGACUGGAUGCAGUUUCGCCGUCCACAUCAUCACGUUUUUGACAUUUGACAAGAUCGGUCGUCGCCGUUCCUUGUCCCUGGGGGCUGUUGGACUAGCCGGUACGAUGAUCGGCACGGGAGCAGCGACAGCAACGGGCUCCGCGGGGAAGUACUCCAGCGCUGUUGCCAACUGCUCAGCGGCACUCCUAAUACUAUGGUAUAUGAUCUACGGUUUCACUUGGGGCCCUGGCUGCUGGGUCGUUGCUGGAGAAAUCGGAACGGGUCAGCUCAGAGAAAAGACACUUUUCCUAGCUUCCAUGGGCACAAACCUCGGCGGCGCUGUCACUUUCAUAUACGGGGGCUUCUCGGUGAUUGCGUUACUUUGGGUCUUUUUCUUUGUUCCGGAGACGAAGAAUCGCUCGCUGGAGGAACUCGACGAGAUGUUCCAGGCUCAGGUUAAGACUCGGAGCUUCGACAAGUAUGUCUCGACUGGCUUGGGCGCGCAGAUCACAAAGGUGGAAGAUUUGAGCAGUAAGAAGUCCCAGCUGGAACAGGCGGAAGAGGCUUGA